AAACAAGGCGAAAACAUGGCGGAACCACGAGAACCAUUAAACAGCAACGUCUCUUGUGUGCAGGACAGUGAGAGGAGAGCACACGAGCGCAGGACUAAGAUGCAGGGGGAGGUUGAAGAGAGCAAACAGAAAAUCCUACAGCAGAUCCAGGACCGAGAGUGGGACCUGAAAGUCCUCCAAGAAGAGCAUGAGAACAUCGGCCGCUCUGCAGAUGCAGCACUGGUUGACAUCUGGAACAAUUUUACACAAUUUGUUAGUGUGAUGGAGAAACAAAUUAACGAAAUCACGCAACAAAUCAAAACACAACAGGAGUCUGAGCAACAGCGCAUCAAAGAUCAUCAAGAAAAACUCCAACAAGAGAUUGUGGAUCUCAAAGUGAAAUUUUUUGACUUGGACAACCUACCUGACAACUCCGCACCGCUCAAAAUCAAAAUCCCUCCUUCCUCUCCACGUAUUUGUUCCUGCACAUUGCGCUACUUUGCCGAUUUCCCCACCGCUGUUGCAUCGCUUACAUCUAAACUCCAGCAAACGUUGAGCGAAGACUUUUUGAAAAUCUCACAAACCAUUCCUGAAGUUCUCCUCUCCAAACCUCAACUGCAACCAAAAAUCCGAUCAGAAUUCUUACAGUAUUCCCGGAGCUUAACUUUAGAUCCCAACACGGCUCAUACUAUGCUUUUACUCUCCAACAACAAUCAAAAGGUGAUUUUUACAGGCGAGCAUCAAACGUAUUCGCAAAAUUCGGAGCGCUUUACGCACUGGCCCCAAGUUUUGAGUCGAGAAAGCCUACCUGGAAGAUCUUAUUUUGAAGUGGACUGGGUUGGCGAAGGGGUGUAUGUAGCGUUAGCAUUGAAAAGUAUUAAAAGACAAGGCAACUCUUAUGAAUGCGUUUUUGGGUCCAAUGAAAAAUCGUGGGCACUCUGUUGUACUAAACAGAGCUACUCCUUCAUGUACAAUGGCGUCAAAACAAAAGUAAAAUUCCUAAGUUCACAGAGAAUUGGCGUGUACUUGGAUUAUGCAGCAGGAAUUCUGUGUUUUUAUAGCAUUUUUACAGAUCGAGUUGUGCUUCUUCGUAAAGUGGUCUUCAGGUUUUCAGAGCCGCUACACGUGGGGCUCAGGCUAUGGGCCAAUGAGAGCACAGCGAGCUUCAAUUUACUGUAAAAAAGUAAGUGGUGGAAAGUAAUGUAGUUAUGAAUGUUUUGAAGGUCCUAUAUUAUGUGAAAUUGACUCCUGUGAGCUUUAAGUGAUGUUAGAAUGUUUUACCUUUUUAAAAACAUACCUGGAGUUGUGUUUAGUUUCAUUCCCUCAUGUUUGAGUAAACCUUUCUUAUUAGUCUGUCUACAUUUCCAAAGCUCAAAAUGCUCCAUUCCACCUUGUGAUGUCAUGUAGUAGUUAACGGCUACCAUUUACCUUUUGGUUUGUAAAAACUGCAAUUCCAGAGUUGCAUUUAUCCAAAUGAUUUUAGUGAAGGUGUAUUGAGUUUAAAAACAUAGUGGAGCACUUCCUGUAUUACCACAUGACAUCACAAGGAGGAACAGAGUGUUUUCCGUUUGAGAGAAGAACUCAGCCUAAAUAUACAGGGUUUGUAUGUUAAACAAAACACAUCCCCAGGUAUGUUUGUGACAAGAAAACAACAUUGUAACAUAGAUCAGAAAAUGUCAUAUGGGCCCUUUAAGGCAGCAAGAUUUUAAAGCAUAAAAUAAGCGUAAUUAUUGAUACCAUAAAUUGGGGGUAAAAAAAUACAAAAAUUCUACCAUCUAACAGCAUUUUCUUUUUAGCCUUAAAUGAAAAUUAGUAAAAUACACAAAUAUAUAGUGUUUGAUGAAAAUGGAAAUGUAUUUAAAUAUGUUUUAUUUUUAUAUUUUUAUUCUUAUUUUGUGUUCAAAUCAAAUUAUAACAACAUUAUAACAGCAUUUUUGUUUUUGGCACUAUGAGGGGAGAUAAUGGUCACUCUGUCAGUUGUGCUUGUUUUUAUCAUUAUUCUUAAUUUUAUGUUUUUAUGUAAAUCGAUCUUUUGCUGUUUAUAUAACGUUCUGGAAAGAAGGCUUUCUGUGAAUUUGUGUUUAAUUUUUGACCAGCAGAGGGAGGUAGAGCACUGCUGUUAUUUUUUAAUUAAACUGAAUUCCUGUCAUAUUGAUACACUCUG